AUCCAGCCAAAAGAAGAGUCAGAGCGAUCAGCUGGGUACCACGGCAGGAGGAAGGCAAAAGGUGGGGAAAGAACUGAAGGUGAAAGAGCAGGACAUCCCACAGCUGAUCAGUGUGGACAAAAAGGAGGAACAUGGAGAACUGAGCAAGGAGGACAGACGGCAUUUGCAGAACUUCAAAGACGGGAGAAGGGAGGAGAGCAGACCUGCGUUAUGGACAACCCAAACUACGAGAAGAUCGAAGGCAAUGAACCUCCCACUCGGAAUCCACCUCCCUACUCCGAAAUCCAGCCCUAUGAAGAACCAGAUCCCUUGAUACCUCCUCCUGGGCCACCACUCCCUAUGUACUAUGGGACAGCUCCCCCUAUACCACCUGAACACCAACCUCAUUAUGGCCCACCUGGAGCAGAAUCCAGCCAAGGUCCUGUCCUGCAACCUUCACAGGCCAUCUUCAUCUCACCUGUCCAGCCCACCAAUGUACCUGAUUAUGUGCCCUACUCCAUCUUCACCAUGCUUUGCUGUUGCCUACCUCUGGGAAUCGCUGCCUUGGUUUACUCUAUACAGACCCAAGAUGCCAACUACAUUGGAAACAUCACUGCUGCCCUGAAAUACUCCAGACUAGCACUGAUCUUGGCCAACAUGGCACUCGGGGUCGGGCUCGCAUGUUGGAUUGUGUAUAUCACCAUCCUGGUGUGGUGAACUCUUCUAACCUGACAAACUAUUAGCCUGUUGGGGUGGGGGAACACACUCAAGGAUGCAUUCAUCCUAAGAUGUCCUAAGAGGCCUCCUGGAUGAUGCACAUCAGACAAAUCCUGAGUUGACAUUCUGCUCCUUGACUCAUCCAACACAAAGAUGCACUGCAGGCUGGUUAACA